AUGAAAUCCUUUCAAUUUCUUUAUACCGUGGGCGGACUGUCUCUCGUCGGGGCGCACACAUUGCCCCUGAGGGUUCGAUCGUCUGAUGCCACAUCCAGGAUCACAGCCACCGAGUUCGGCAGUGUUUUCGAUGCUCCGGUGACAAUUGGUGGUCAAACCUUCCAGAUGUUGGUUGAUACUGGCAGCAGCGACACUUAUGUCAUGCGCGAUGGUUUCACCUGUAUUAAUCCGAAGACCAAUCUCACUGUCUCACAAACCGAGUGUCAGUAUGCCAACCAUACCUACCAUGAAUCCAGCACCUACCGCGAAAUCCCCGGCGAGAUAUUCGGGAUCCAAUAUGGAGCGGGUAUUGCCAGUGGUGUGAUGGCGUACGAAGAUGUUGCAAUCAACGGCAUCACCUUGAAGAACCAGAAAGUGGCCAUUGCCAACGUGUCUCACCCCAUGGGCGAUGGGGUCAACAGCGGACUGCUGGGUCUCGCAUAUCCAUCAAUCACCUCAGCUCACCCAGAGGACAAGAAUGACAACACGACAUUCUACUAUAAUCGCCUUCCCUACGACCCGCUACUGUUCAGCGCAUGGAAGCAGGGCCUGACCGAUUCGUAUUUCAGCAUCGCCCUGGCACGAACACCACGCAAUACCUCCAUUGGGUUCGGUGGCUACCUGACCAUUGGCGGACUCCCACCAGUCAAGCACAGCUCCCAGUUUGCCGUUGUUCCCGUCGAGAUCAUCGACGUCGUCCCAUUGAGUUUCACCUCUGGCAAGCGGGUUCGAUCCUACUGGGCCACGACGUUCGGCGCAACCUUUUACGGCAGCUCCGGUAAAAGCCUAGAAAGCAACACGACCAGCUUUCAGGGGUUUUUCGACAUCGGUAACGAGCUCUCUUAUGUGCCCCAGGAAGUCGCGGACGCGGUAAACUCGCGCUUCUCGCCCCCGGCGGUCUUCGACUCCAAAUUAAAGGCGUACCGCGUCAACUGUGCUGCGAAGCCUGCUCACUUCGGCCUGAAGAUCGGAAACCAGACCUUCUUCCACGAGCCGGAAGACCUCAUCUAUAAGACCGGCGAUGGCUGUGUUUCUGCUGUCUCCAGCUCCCAGAACGUUGCCGUUGAGGGCAUCACGAUCCAGAUCAUCGGUGCCUCGUUCUUGAAGAGCAUUCUGUCAGUCUACGACGUUGGCAAGAACGAGAUGCGAUUUGCCAAGCUAUAUGAUGUUCCCAAGCAGGGUGGUAACGGUACUGUGCCUUCGCUGCCGCCCUCUUCGUCCGGCUUUCCGUCGUCGUCCCCUUCUCCCUCCUCCUCGACUCCUCCUCUGAGUAACGCAGGCUCGUUGAUGACUUCCAACGGUCUGCUCUCUCUGUUUGCUGUCCUCGGAUUUGCGUUCCAUGGUGAAUUCUAG